AUGGCAAAUCAAGGACACGAGCUACGCGCCGUGUAUUCACUCGCGGGUGGUAUAGUUGCUCUCGGGACACUCUUCGUCUAUCUGGCAUCAAACGGGACAUCUGCAAAAGCCAGGAAAGCAAAUGCAAAGCUCCCAUCAGGCCCAAAACAACACUUUGCCCUCGGAAACGUCUUCAAUUUCCCCAAGGACAGAUGGUACGAAGCCUUUACGAGCUGGGGCAAGGAAUAUGGGGACAUCGUCUAUGUCAACCUCGCUGGCGUCCACAUGAUGGUCCUCAAUUCUCUCGAAGCAGUUCAAGAACUCACAGUCAACCGAGCGAGCAUUUACUCUGAAAGACCUUAUACAGUCAUGUCAAACGACUUAAUGGGACAAGGAUUUACGAUGAUUCUCUCAUCUACUGGACCCAACUUUACUGAGCAGCGGAAAGUGUUUCACAAAUUCCUUGGAAAGCAAGCCAUUUCGAACUAUGAUGGACUGAUCCAACGCCAUACAAAGGAUUUCAUCGAACAGAUCAAUGAGUUUGUCGGGGAUCCUUAUGACCCGCUCAUGAAGUCCGCGGGUGACAUCCUGACCACGAUUGGAUAUGGCGAAAAGAUAAAUAGUGAAUACGGCGAAAUACUCAUCAAGGUCAAUGCUGCAAGCACAAACCUGAUCGCAUGGGUGUUUACCAAGGUUUGGAUGGUUGACAUGAUUCCUGCGUUGCGUCAUGUACCCUCUUGGAUGCCCGGAGCAGGUUUCAAGCGCACAGCAGCGAGGGGGUCGUUCCUAGUCAACACAAUUCGCCACUGGGCAUAUAGCAUGGUCGAAGCUGCGGUGGCCGAUGGUACAGCGGACGACUCAAUCAUAUCUAAGCAAAUAAACCAACCGGGUAUUUCAAAUACCAACCUUCGAGAUGCCGUCGCAGUUAUGUACGGUGCUGGAGUUGACACAACUGUCAGUGCCAUCAUAAACUUUCUGUAUGCAAUGGCGCGUCAUCCCGAGUGGCAAGAAAGGACACGAAAGGAGAUGGAAGUCAUUCUAGGUCAUGAUCACAUGCCAACCAUGGAGGAUAUAUCUAGACUUGAGAUCUUCAAUGCCGUCUGGAAAGAAUCUUUUCGCUGGAAUCCGCCUGUACCACUGGGAAUUCCUCAUGUCAGCAGCAAAGAGGAUACAUGGAAAGGGUACUACAUUCCGAAAGGCACGAUCCUUCAUUGCAAUAUUGGUCAGUCUCUUUUCUUUGUUGUACGUCCGCCUGACUCUCCGCCAGGGUGGAUUCUCCGGGAUCCUCGCAUUUGGGGAAACGAUGGGCACCAGUUCAACCCGAACCGUUUUCUCGCGGGGAAGAAUCCCACGAUAGGCCAGCUUCCAGACGUUUCUAGCAUUCCAUUCGGAUUUGGAAGGCGAAUCUGCCCUGGAAGGUAUCUGGCAGAGAGACUUGCGCUCCAAUUCUCAGCAGCAAUUCUUUCUACGUACAAUGUCCUACCGCCCAAGGGCGAGCCGACUCAAUUUGACACUGUCUUCCAAGACUCGGUUGUUCGGUGA